AAAUUAAUUAAGCUAUGGAUCCAUCAAACAAAUCUGUGUCUGCAGGCAGCUCUUCUAAUAAGAUCAGACAAAUAGUUAGGCUUCAACAGCUCCUCAAGAAAUGGAAGAAGAUAGCAGCUGCCUCCCCCUCCUCCACCCACCUCCAUAACAACCUCCUCAGUAUAAACAACAGCACAAGCAGCAGCACCAAAAGCAUCAAUAAGUUCCUCAAGAAAACCCUUUCAUUCUCGGAAAAGGACAGAUCAUCACCUGCAGAGGUAUGCAGCAUUAAUAGCUCCGAUGUAGCAGUCCCCAAAGGGUGCCUUGCAGUAUCCGUUGGCAAGGAGGACAAAGAAGAAGUCAAGAGAUUCGUCAUCCCAAUGGAUUACUUGGGCCACCCAUCAUUUCAAGUCCUCUUGAGAGAAGCCGAAGAAGAGUUUGGUUUUCAACAACAGGGACUCCUCAAGAUUCCUUGUGAAGUCUCCGUCUUCGAGAAGAUUUUGAAAAACAUUAACUCUAACAACAAGAUCAGACAACCACCAGCACCAGCUCAUGAUCAUGAUGCCUUUUUCCAACUGCAGCAGCCUCAUCAUUCUUCUGAUUUAUCCACCAUUAAUAGCGUCGUCGUCGAUGAUAAUAAUAUCAUUCACAACGUUGGCUGCUGCUCUCCAGACAAUCACCAACACCACCAGGGAAUCAUGCCUCCUCAAUUGUGCAGUUGACCGCCUAGCGUACGUAAUUCCAUGCAAUAUUGCGCAUGCAAUUAACGAUCGAUCUAAUAGUUAAUGAUCAUCAUUGUACUGCUUUUUCUUAUUCAUUUUUUCCUUUGCCGGCCCAUGCAUGGUAAUUCAUCUAUUUUGCUACAGAAGAAGAGAAAGCGAAAGAGUGUUUAGUCCAAUAAGUGUUAUUCCUCCACCAUCUUAAUUCAUCUCAAGUUACCGUCUCAUGCAUGUUGUAGAUUCUUGCCAAUCAGACAUGUUUUCUUUUGUUUAAUAAAGCAUCACUACAUCGUGCAAGCUUGGAGCAUUUCUUUU